UCGCGCUCGGUGCUUGUCCACUUGUAUGGCUCUUCCAAUCUCUUGGCUUGAUGACAUGUACUGACACUCUCUAGUUUGUCGUAGCAAUGAUCUGGGAUAUCGCCGAAUUGGCUACUCGCUUCGGUCGCAAAUGGAAGGCCGGCAUUCACCCUGGCGCCCACGUCGCCAUCUCCCUCUUUAUCUGGCUCGGCGCCGGUAUCGUCGGCGGUCUCGAGAGCACUUUCAGCGCAUACUACUCCGAAUUCGAUUACCUCGACGAAGACUGUGAAUACGAUCCUGAUCAACGACGCUACGUUUGCACAAGCAGCGACAAGGUUUCCAGCAAACGCACGCUCUUUAUCGCACUGUCAGUGUUCACCUGCCUCAUCUGGCUCUGGCACUUCAUUCUAUUCGUCGGCGCCUGUAUCGAUACCCAGAAGCGAAACGCCGCAAUGAGACGACCUGUUACAAUGGUCUUUGGUGGGCCGGCUUACUGGGGCCCUGGAGCGCAAGGUUUCCAGCAGAUGCCUCAGUAUUACGGACCUCCUCAAGGACAGAAUAUCCCUAUGCAGAACUGGGCACCACCACAAAAUGGAAAUGGCAAGGAACCUAUGGCAGCAACUCAACCUGCAGCAGAGCGCUAUGCUUGAGAGGCCAGAGGCUAUUUGGCCUGAGACUGAUGGGGACAGAAGAAAUGGCCGGCCUUGUAUAAAAGUUCAAAAGAAUAAUGUAGAAUAGGUAAAAUGAUACAAAGAUGAACCAAAAAAAAAAAAAGAUAAAGACUUUCAUAGGC